UCACCGCCGCCCGCCCUUGACCAAGACCCACCACACCCGCAUCAGAUACUGUCCUCGGCUAAUUGUCGGCUGCUGCCCCGCCUCUCCCCGAGGCUGCCGCGUGUCGUUAUGCUUCUCGUAGGUAAGCAGUCUGUGGAUGCCGUGUCGCCGCAGGAGCCCGUCGAUGCGCCGCUCAAUGCUGUUGGCGACGGCGUCGCUGAGGACGAGCGUGCGCAUGUGGGUGGCAGAGAACAGAGAUGCGCAGCCCUCUCCCCCGAGCAAUUUUCUCAACUCAUUCGCCAGCACGGGGAGCUCGUAAGGCCCCAGCUGACCAAUGCGCGCGAGAAGGGAGAAAUGCGGCUCUGCGGGCUCUGAAGAACAGGCACUUGCAGUGGCCUGAAGGAUGGAUAGCAAAGACAAGAGGGGCAUUGUUUCUCGAGAACGGCUCUGCCACAGACAAUUCAUCGAGUGGCCGUGCGGCAUAAUGAUUGUCUCUUUAUUCACCUGUGCACGUAUGUGAGUCCCAGGGCCGGAAUGUGGCGAAUUGGCCAUCGUGGAGCACCGACGGAUUCUCGCCGUGUUUGAAGGCAAGAGGCCACACAGACGGG